GCCAAGCGCAUUCUUCAUCGUUCGACCUCCAGGUUGUGUUGGUCAAAACAAGAAAAAAAAAAAAAAAUAACCCUCCAGGUUGCUGUGGACGAUUAUCGAAUUUCCAUAUUCGACGCUGUCAAUCUGUUCAUUAGUAUCUGACUAUCUGGACUUCUCCAGAACUGUUUGACCUGAUGGCGGGUCCUAGAAGUAGUUAUGGAAAGCGUUCCCACACUCAAUCUGACUAUGAUAAUGGAGGAAAUAAAAGGAGAAAUCCAGGAGAGGAAAGAGAGCAGUUCAUAAUUGAUGCAGAAGAUACUGUGUACCGUUAUCUGUGCCCUGUUCGAAAGAUUGGUAGUGUUAUUGGUAGGGGAGGUGAGAUUGUUAAGCAAUUAAGGAUAGACACUAAAUCAAAAAUUAGGAUUGGUGAGACUGUGCCUGGAUGUGAAGAGCGCGUUAUUACAAUCUACAGCUCAAGUGACGAGACUAAUGCUUUUGAGGACAGUGGUAAUUUUGUAUCACCAGCACAGGAUGCUCUGUUUAAAGUGCAUGACAGGGUGGUUGCUGAAGAGUGGCACAGUGAUCAGGACACUGAAGGAGGUCAUCAAGCCACUGCCAAGCUUCUUGUACCUUCUGAUCAAAUAGGUUGUGUGAUUGGAAAAGGCGGACAGAUUGUUCAGAGCAUCCGCAGUGAUACUGGGGCCCAGAUACGAAUACUAAAGGAUGACCAUUUGCCUCCUUGUGCCUUGAACUCUGAUGAACUUGUGCAGAUAUCUGGUGAUGCUGCAACUGUGAAGAAGGCUCUGUAUCAGAUUGCAAGUCGACUUCAUGACAACCCAUCGCGGUCUCAGAGUCUUCUUGCCUCUGCAGUGCCUAGUGCAUAUCCUACUGGUGGUUCGCUGGUUGGCCCAACUGCAGGAGGUCCAAUUGUGGGAAUAGCUCCUCUUGUGGGUCAUUAUGGGGGAUAUAAAGGUGAUAGUGGAGACUGGCCUCGAUCCUUGUACUCAGCUCCAAGGGAUGAAACAUCUUCAAAGGAAUUUUCAGUUCGUUUGGUUUGUCCAACUGGAAACAUUGGAGGCGUGAUAGGCAAAGGUGGUGCUAUAAUAAAUCAAAUUAGGCAGGAUUCUGGGGCAACAAUUAAAGUUGAUAGCUCUGCAACAGAAGGAGAUGAUUGCUUAAUAAUUAUUUCAACAAAGGAGUUCUUUGAAGAUACUUUUUCUCCGACCAUCGAAGCAGCUGUACGUUUACAGCCCCGGUGCAGUGAGAAAGUUGAAAGAGAUUCAGGAAUUAUCUCAUUCACAACUCGAUUGUUGGUGCCAACCUCACGAAUUGGCUGCCUUAUUGGUAAAGGAGGAACUAUUAUAACUGAGAUGAGAAGGCUGACAAAAGCAAACAUCCGUAUCCUGUCAAAGGAAAGUCUUCCCAAAAUAGCAUCUGAAGAUGAUGAAAUGGUUCAGAUUUCAGGAGACCUCGAUCUUGCAAAGGAUGCUCUUGUGCAGGUACUUUCACGAUUAAGAGCAAAUCUUUUUGACAGGGAGGGGGCUGUUUCUGCAUUUCUUCCAGUUCUGCCAUAUCUUCCUGUUCCAGCUGAUGGCCCGGAUGGUUUAAGCUAUGAUGUUAGAGAUGGUAAAAGGCAUGGACGUGGACAUUCUUAUUCAAGUGGAUAUGGGGGUUCAAGUGAUUUAGCUGCUGGCGAUGGCUAUGGAAGCUACGGUGGAUCACAGUUUGGUGGUAGCAGUGCUUAUGGGGCUUAUGGAAGUUAUUCUUUGGGACGGACUGGCACUUCUGGAAGACUCAUAAUUGAAGCUCGUAUGGACAAACUCGUUCUUGGUUAAGGACAUGCUUGUGGGUUUAGUUUGAUGGGAGGUAAGAAACUGUUCUCAUUAUGCUGUUAAAUUUUUAAUAUAAGCCAUAUAGUGGAAAUCUACGGUUGCAAAGAAGGCGCUAUUGGGAUGUGGUACUAAGUAGUGCCCUAUUCUAUGAAUUUGCAACAUUAUGUAUGCAUGGAUAUGUCAAACUGGAUUUGUAGGGCUUGUUUGAGUUUGUUUGGCUUCCAAGCUGCAUCUUGAAUUUAUGAUGUUCUUCCCUUCUCCCUUUAAGAAAGUGUGGCUUAAUUUUGUUAUGAUGGAUUGUUUCAGAUUGGUGUUUUUCACUUUGCAGCAUGUUUCUGGUAAGGGUCAUUUAACAUAGUUCAGAUGGUUUUUGUGCCCUCUGAUGUUGUCCAAGAUUGGAGAUGCUGUGUUAGAUUAAUGUUCCGAUAAAAUUUGCUUUAAUGUCUUUCUCUAUCCAAAUGCUACUUAAUCUCUUGUGAAGCUCUUCUCGCAUGCUCUCUAUUUAAGUAUAACGAACACAUGCUCAUUGGCUUACUCCUUGUAGGCUCAUAAGGUUUUAUGUGACGUCAGUUGCAAUUUGACUUUCUAGAUUGUGUCACAAAUGCAUUACAGUAAAAAAAAAAAAAAGUAAAAAAUUUGAAAUUUAUUCAUGUGACUGGCAUUGGAAUUGGGAAGGAAUUUUUUACUAUAAUGUGUUCGUGCAUUAUUAGUAUAAUAGUAAAAAGUAGUAAAUAAAUGUUAAUGGCCUGUCUAGUGCUUGUGUCACGGAUAAUGUGUUAAUUUUUCGUACAACCUGGUUAAACGUAAGUUGCUUCGUGGCUUUGAGAACUUCUUUAUAGUUGGGGUUGUUAUAGCGUGUUUUACCUACCGAAGACAGUCAUUCUAGACAUCUGAAUGGCGUUAGAGAUUGGUGGAAGGGGGGGGCUUUGCCUGAGGACUGAAUUUGCUGUGAACCAUGGGUGAAACGUCUUCCGGCUUUGUGAGGUGAAUAAAACUGCAUUUUGUAAUAUGAUAAGCCUUGUUUCAUGGGAUGUUGACUAUUUGUUUUAUUUUGAAUAUAUUUUUCCCUAGUAUUAAAAUAGGUGACUGUUAACAUCUCACAUGUAAUCUCCUGAAACUCUGCAUUGUUAUGUGGUUUCUGCCUUUCUGGCGGUCUUAUUGCUUGCCUAGUUAAGAAGCAAGAAGUGUUAUUCAAAAUUA